AAUCAUCUGAUACUAACUAACGACUUUCCAAGUUUCAUCAACUGAAAAAUAACAGCAUAGCUUCAUUCACUCAUUCAUGGCCUCAAUUACUCCUCUUCCUCUUCUUCCCAAAUCUUUCUCCCCAUUUCUCCACAACCCACCUUCAAUUCCCCACACCCAAUUCCUCAAACUCUCUUUCUUCAACCCUCCUCGCCCCAAAAGACCAUCACUCCGAACCCAUGCCGGAGACAACAAGGACCACUGGCUCGACUUUUUCGACGACGGAGCCGACCCCGACAUGGAAUACGGAUCCUUAUUCACGGACGGAAAGCAAGAGGAGGACCCGAGACCGCCCGAUAACCCCGAGAACCCUUAUGGAUUUCUGAAAUUUCCAAUGGGGUUCAAUGUGGAGAUUGCUCCUUUGGGUCUGAAAGUGAGGGGUGAUGUUAGGAGGUGUUGUUGUAUGGUGUCUGGUGGUGUUUAUGAGAAUUUACUGUUUUUUCCGGUAAUUCAGUUGAUUAAGGAUCGUUAUCCUGGUGUUCUAAUCGAUGUGGUUUCGUCUGAGAGAGGAAAACAAAGUUAUGAAUUGAAUAAGAAUGUGAGAUGGGCUAAUGUGUAUGACAUUGAUGAUCAUUUUCCUGAACCAGCUGAGUAUACUGAUAUGGUUGGACUUCUCAAGAAUAGGUACUACGAUAUGGUGUUAUCAACAAAGCUAGCAGGGUUUGGCCAUGGAGCCUUCAUGUUUAUGACAACAGCAAGAGACAGAGUUAGCUACACCUACCCGGAUGUUAAUGCCGCCGGAGCUUCAUUGUUUCUCUCCAAAACAUUCAAAGCAGACACUUUGAAUCUCUCUGAUGGAGGGUACCACAUGUAUGUAAAAAUGAAAAGAGUAAGUGAUUUGUGUAAACAAACUCAAUCACUCAUAUUGGUGUGUUUGAUUAUAAUGUGUAGGUAUCAUAAGAUGGCUGAUUGGUUGGGAACACCAUUUAGAAAUGUGCCAAGGGAACAAGUUCUCCCACUUAGAGUUUCACUUUCAAGGAAGCUGAAAGAGGUUGUGGAAGAGAAAUAUAAGAAAACAGGUGCACAGAGAGGGAAAUAUGUAGUGAUUCAUGGCAUUAAAUCAGAUUCAAAGGCCUCAAUGCAAUCUAAGGGUGAUACUGAUAGUUUGCUACCUAUCAAUGUGUGGGCAGAAAUAACAAGUGGUUUGAGGGAAUUUAGACCAAUUUUUGUUAUUCCUCAUGAGAAAGAAAGGGAAGAUGUUGAGUAUGUUGUUGGAGAUGAUGCUAGCAUUAUAGUAAUCACAACCCCUGGACAGUUGGCUGCUCUUAUCAAUGAUUCAGCUGGAGUAAUAGCCACAAACACAGCAGCAAUCCAAUUAGCAAAUGCAAGAGAUAAACCAAGUAUAGCAUUGUUUUGUUCAGAAGAGAAAGGGAAACUGUUUAUUCCCAAUGCUGAAGAGAAGAAUUGUGUUGUAGUUUCAUCUAAGACAGGAAAACUAGUAGAUAUCAAUGUUGAAGAUGUAAAGCAAGCACUUCCACUCUUCAAUAUGUCCUUAGCUCUAGUAUAAGGACACAACAAUUUCUUUCUCUUUUGAGUUGCAAUGUUUGACCACCUUAGUUUGUACACAAGAAUAGAAAGCCACCACCACCAGUACAAUUCAACUAUAUAAAUAACAGAGUAAAUUGCUGUAAUACUUUUCAUUUUCAGAUAUCAAUGCUUCAUUACUUACA